AUGACCAUCGUCCUCUUCUGUGGUAUUUCAACAUUUCGAAGACUUCGAACUCUCCGUCAUACUUCUAAACGAACCACUAAUCUACAACAACAACUAUUCAAAGCUCUUGUGACUCAGACUCUUAUUCCACUGGUCACUAUGUUCCUUCCAGCUGCAGUUAUGAUGGUUUCUCCCAUGUUUGAAAUGACACUCGGGCCAUAUGAAGGUCUAAUCAUGACAGUCAUCACAACUUAUCCCUGUGUUGAUCCAAUGGUUGUUAUAUUUUUUGUCAAAGACUACCGACAAGCAUUAUGGCAAACAAUUCGAUGCAAAAGAUGUCUAUUCAGCAGAGAAACAUAUUCGCUUCGUGGAACAGCCGUCUCUUUUGUCACCGAGCCAAACUGA